CCAAGGAGUAAUAAUUAAAAUGGAUUGUCAAGCGACAGGAAACCCCAAGACCGGACAGGCUACCGCCCAAUGUGGAGUCAAGGUGGGUGAUGAUCUGGCCAAUGCCCGGGCCGGGGUCUUUGCCUCCACUCCUGGAGCAGGUGGACCCGUCACAAAGGGAGUGUAUGGAGCGGUGAACGCCAAUGGGCAUGGCCUGUCCCUACAGCACGGUCACAUUGAGGGCUUGGGCAGCACCACCACCGUUGCCGGCCAGGCGAAUCUACACCAUAGUCAGAGCUCCUCACUAAACGCCACCGGAUUCCACAGCCACAGUCGCACUCACGAUCAGUUUGGUGGUGGUUUGAAUCUGCAGACUGCGGCGGGUCACCAGGCGGCGGUGGGGAUGAGUCGAGUGCCGCAGUUUGAUGUGACCACCAUGCAGGCGUCCGGCAGGGCUAAUCUGUACACCUCGCCCAGUGGCAAUCUAAACCUCAAUGCCACCGGAAAUGCCACUCACCAUUUGAGCGGUCCUCGACGCGGCAAGUCUGAUUUUGGCACAGGUCUUAACCUACGAUAUGAUUUCUGAUUUAUGACCUUUUACAACUGAUUUAACUGAGUAAUCAAAUUUUUAAUAACUCAAAUAGACUUAGUCUAUCUAAUAUAAAGUCUAUCUAAUAUAAACUUUGAAAAAUCACUGAAAAUAUUUAGAAGUCAUUCAGAAAGAAUCCUAAACGUGGGUGAUUCCAAUAAUUCGCUUUAUAUUUUCUUUUCCUUUCACUAACCUCCUUAAUAGAACCACCCAAACUGCUGUCAAUAUUCGCAUCGAUUUGCCAUAAUUUAUCAAGUUGAAUUCGCACAAUAACCUUAGCAUUGAAGCCCCAGAAUCUACAGCCUCCGACCCUUAGCUCCUCCACAGAGAUGAACGCCAACCCAUGACAAACCAAUUUUUGACUAGUCAGCUACCCUCAGUUUUUUUAUUUUUUGCAAUUCGUGCAGGCAGCGCAUCCGUUAAGUGCUAUAAAAAUAAUUCAAAAUAAAUUGCUUUACAUAAAAAUUUGGUUUCGGCAAAAAACGAGCAACUGUUUUAUAAGGUGUAUAAUUUGGCCAUAAUAAUGCGCAUCAGGGCAGCACCCAUCGCGACGGGGUUGGUUAUUAAUUCUUGGGCGAGACAUAAAUAACGCGUUUUAUGCGUAAAUAUACUUUGCAUUUCUCGCAGACGCCGGGAAGUCCUAGUUAAGCCGUAAAAAUUACACCAGAAAGUCGAGAAGCUCAAGCCCAGAGUCCUGCCACCGCAAGUCAUGUCAGCUGGCCUAAUCCUCAGGUAGAUAUCCGCCUUGAUUGGCCGCUGUGAAAGAUGCCGAGUCAAUAUUUUUGAUAUACCCAAGGGG